UACUAUCUGCAGUCAAAUGUUCGUAAAGAAAAAAUUAGGAAACCUGAUACGCCAUGUGUGGUUUGCAGUGGAAGUGGAAGAGUUGAUUGUCGCCACUGUCAAGGAAGAGGAAGGACCAACCAUGUAAACCUAGUUAUGCUUCCGAAAGGAGAAUGGCCACAAUGGUGCAAAGUUUGUGGUGGAAGUGGACUUGAUUACUGCAACCGAUGCCUUGGGACAGGGGAGUACAGAGACGUCAUGGGGUUUCAUUUCAUGAAAAUGGACACCAACUCAUUACAGCGUUAAAUAGAGGAAUGUAAAAUCUCAUAUAUAUUUAUUUGCUGUAUUCCCUCUUGUAAAUGUUAUUCUUAUUUUUACUUAGUUUUUUUUUUUUGGAGUGUUUAUCAUCUGACCUUUAGUAUAUGGCCAUUCAUAAAAUCUUACUCAUU